AUAAUUAGGGGUAAAAUAGAGGAGGUUUUCGGUGGGUUGUUGAGACCUUCGGAGCGAAAUCGAGGCUUUGUCUUCUCUUCUGAGUUUACAGACAGUCUCUCUCUCUCUCUCUCUCUCUCUCUCUCUACACAUAUAUACGCACAACCGACACGUAUGAAUAGGCGAUUCCUUCCGUUUCCUCAAUUUUCAUUUUUGAUCUAAUUUUGCGUGUUUUUGCAUCUUCGUGUACCGCGUUUCGGAUAUUGGUGGACUUGUAAAACCCCGGAUCUUGUUCGAUUUGGAUUGUUUCGGGUUGUAUUUUGUGGAAUUAGGCGGGUUUUGUUCCUGGAUCUGUGUGUUUAUUAACUAGCUCGGAUCAAUUAGGGUUUUAAAAUUUAGGGGUGAGUUUUGUGGAAUCUAAAGUUAGGUUUGAUUGAAUGGCUUCGAAUCCUCCAUUCUCGGUGGAGGAUAUUACAGACGAGGAUUUUUUUGAUAAAUUAGUGGAUGAUGACGACGAUGUGGACUUUAAAGUCUCCCCAUCGGCGGAAUCUGGAGGCCAUCAUGUCGUGACGGACGGGAAUGAAUCUGACGAGGCUAAGGCUUUUGCCAAUUUGAGUAUCAAUGAGCUUGAUGAUCACGGUGAGGUUAAUGUUGAACAAGUCUCCAGCAGUGAUCGUAGCGUAGUUGAUGAUUUAAGUGCAAAAGUGGAGACAGCUGAACAGAUUAGCAAAGUGGAAACAGGGGGUGAGCAUGGGAUUCCAUUGGUGUCAGCUGAUUCAUUUGAAUUUGGUACCGUGUUACAAAAACUGGAAAAUGAAAAUGGCGGUGCUAAUGUUUCGGUCAAUGCUGACAGUGGCAAGGCUGAAAAUGUGGGUGUCUCUGACGUGCCAAUGCUGAGCAAGACUACUAGUGGUAGCGAAAUAGGGGCUCCUGGAAUUAAAGAAGUUGCCUGGAGUGCCUUUAAUGAGGAGUCGGUUCAGAAUGAUAGCAAUGGCUUUGGAUCGUACUCAGACUUUUUCACCGAAUUUGGUGGGGAAAAUCCAUCUGAAGCAUUUAGCAACACAGUGGGGCUUAUUUCAAAUAAUGGGUCGCAAGAUGCUGUUGGAAAUGAUGUACAUGGAUCCACUUAUAUGGAUACUGCAGACAAUUACGGGCAGUACAAUCAUACACAGAAUGAUAGUAUUGCAGCAGAUCAGAGUUCAUCUGUUCAGGAUAUGAGUAGCACCCAGUACUGGGAAAAUCAAUACCCAGGUUGGAAGUAUGACUACGGUACUGGAAAAUGGUAUCAGGUUGAUGGCUAUGAUGGGGGUUCUAGUGUGGAAGGAAAUGCUGACUCUAAUGUAACUUCUACUUGGGGAGGGGCUGGUGGUCAGGUUGAUCUCUCUUACAUGCAGCAAACUGGUCAUUCUGUAUCUGGAGCUGUAGCUGAGGCAGGUAAAACAGAGACCGUUUCUAACUGGAACCAGACCUCUCUGGCCAGUGAUGCUACGAAAAAAACAAACUGGAAUCAGGUGUCAGAAGCGAGUGGUAAUAGCAGUGUGGUUUCAUCAGACUGGAAUCAGGCAUCUAAUGAUAAUAAUGGUUACCCAGCUCAUAUGGUAUUUGAUCCUCAGUACCCUGGGUGGUACUACGAUACUAUUGCCCAAGAAUGGCGUGCUUUAGAGUCAUACGCCCAAUCUGAGCAGUCUACUGCUCAAGUCUACGAUCAGACGAGUAAGGGUGAUUAUUCAUUUACUGAUACAUUUUCUCAGAACAACACACUGACGGCAAGCAGUUUUCAUGAUCAAGGUAAUAAUUACAAUCCUCAAAUCUUUGGCAGCCAAAGCCCAGAUCAGAAUUGGUUGGGAUCAGUCAACAACUACAACCAACAAAACCAAGUAACAGAAAAUAAUUAUGCACAGAAUGUUUCUGCAAGUCUGCAUGGAAGUCAACAAAGUAACAUUCAUUAUGCAGUAAAGGAUCCAUAUUAUGAGAAUCUAAGCCAGCAUCAGAACAACAACUAUUCUAUGCCUUCCCAGUUUGUUGGCGGAAACUUCAGUCAACAUUUCAAUGACUCCAAAGUCAAUCAAAAUGACCAGAAAUACUUUUCAAAUGACUUUUAUGGCAAUCAAAACGCUGUAAACUUCUCCCAGCAACAGAUUCAAAAUACUCAAAUGACAUACAAUCCUGCGUCGGGGAGGUCAUCUGCUGGUCGUCCUGCUCAUGCUUUAGUUGUCUUUGGUUUUGGUGGCAAGCUCGUUGUGAUGAACCAUAACAACUCUAAUGAAAAUUUGAACUUUGGAAGCCAGAAUCCUGUGGGUGGCUCAAUAACUGUUCUCAACUUAUCAGAAGUUGUGACUGGCAACAUUGAUGCUGUAAAUCAUGGAAGGGGCGUAAGCACUUAUUUCCAGGCUCUCUGCCAGCAUUCUCUUCCAGGUCCUCUUACAGGUGGAAGUGUGGCCACUAAGGAGUUGAAUAAAUGGAUUGAGGAAAGGUUAAAUUCUGAGCCUGCACAUAUGGAUUACAGAAAGGCUGAAGUGUUGAAGCUGCUCCUGUCACUGUUAAAAAUAGCCUGUCAGUAUUAUGGAAAACUUCGAUCUCCUUAUGGCACAGAUGCUGCGAUGAAGGAAAGUGAUGCUCCAGAAUCGGCGGUUGCCAAACUGUUUGCUUUUGCUAAAAGAAAUGGGUCACAGUUUAAUCAGUAUGGUGAUGUUACCCGAUGCUUGCAGCAACUUCCAUCUGAAGGACAAUUGCAGGCCACUGCUGCUGAGGUUCAAAAUCUUCUGGUUUCCGGAAGAAAGAAGGAAGCUUUAGAAUGUGCACAGGAGGGACAAUUAUGGGGUCCUGCCCUUGUUCUUGCUGCUCAACUUGGUGAUCAAUUCUAUGUUGACACUGUCAAGCAAAUGGCACUUCGCCAGUUAGUGGCUGGGUCACCCUUGCGAACACUAUGCCUGCUCAUUGCUGGCCAACCAGCUGACGUCUUCUCUGCAGAUACUACAGCUGUUAACAACAUGGCUGGUUCUAUAAAUGUGCCUCAACAACCUGCACAGUUUGGAGCCAAUUACAUGCUGGACGACUGGGAAGAAAAUUUGGCUGUGAUAACUGCAAAUAGAACAAAGGAUGAUGAGCUUGUGCUUAUCCAUCUCGGUGAUUGUUUGUGGAAGGAAAGAAGUGAUAUAAUUGCUGCUCAUAUAUGCUAUUUGGUUGCGGAAGCUAGCUUUGAGCCGUAUUCAGACAGUGCAAGAUUGUGUCUCAUUGGUGCGAAUCAUUUGAAGAUGCCGCGGACGUAUGCAAGUCCAGAAGCAAUUCAGAGGACAGAGAUAUAUGAGUAUUCAAAGACACUUGGGAACUCUCAGUUCGUCCUACUUUCAUUUCAACCUUAUAAGUAUGUAUAUGCACUCAUGUUGGCUGAAGUUGGGAGGACGUCGGAGGCAUUAAAGUACUGUCAAGCGGUACUAAAAUCGCUUAAAACUGGACGAACUCUGGAGCUGGAGAAUCUGAGGAAUUUAGUUUCAUCCCUUGAGGAUAGGAUUAAAGCUCAUCAACAGGGAGGAUUCUCUGUAAACUUAGCUCCCAAGGAAUUUAUCGGUAAAUUGCUAAACCUUUUUGACAGUACUGCCCAUCGUGUUGUUGGUGGGGGCCUGCCACCUCCUGCACCGACAACAGGCGGUGCUGUUUAUGGUAAUGAGAAUCAUUACCAGUCGGGUGGACCCAGAGUGUCCAGUAGUCAAUCAACAAUGGCUAUGUCUUCAUUAGUUCCUCAAUCCAUGGAACCUAUAAAUGAAUGGGCAGCUGAUAACAAAAAGAUUAUGCACACAAGAAGUGUUUCAGAACCUGACUUUGGAAGGAGUCCGAUGCAGAGUCAGGCUGAUCCAUCGAAAGAAGCAACUUCUGCUAGCACACAGGACAAAGCAUCAGCAGGAGGUGGUGCAUCUCGCUUAGGUCGUUUUAGUUUUGGAUCUCAGCUCUUUCAGAAGACUGUUGGUUUAGUACUCAAUCGUCAAGGUGGUCGCCAGGCAAAAUUGGGUGAGACAAAUAAGUUUUAUUAUGAUGAAAAACUAAAGAGAUGGGUGGAGGAAGGUGUCGAUCCUCCAGCACCAGAAGCAGCUCUUCCGCCGCCACCCAAGGCUUCAGUUUUUCAGAAUGGAGCAUCAGAAAUGAAUUCAUUGAAAAGUGAACCUUCUCAUAACAAUGGGAACCUAGAAUUUAAAAGCCCAAGCACUAUGGAUAACAGUCCAGGAAUGCCACCACUUCCUCCGACAGCCAAUCAGUACUCGGCACGUGGAAGGAUGGGUGUUCGCUCUAGGUAUGUUGACACUUUCAACCGAGGUGGUGGGAAUGCAGUAAGUGGGUUCCAGUCGCCUUCUGUACCUUCUGCGAAACCAGCAGGUGGCAUCAACCCAAAAUUUUUCGUUCCCGCACCAGCAUCCCAUGCUGAGCAGCUUGUCGUCGAAGAAAAGCAGAAUGCUUCCACCACUUAUGAAAAUGCUUCUUCCUCUCCUCCUAAUGACUCGUUCCAUUCACCAACUCCCUCAUCUUCCAUGGCAGCUAUGCAAAGAUUUGGAAGCAUGAGUAACAUAUACAACAAGGAGGCAAAUGAUAGCUCGUUUGCGUUAAAUUCACGGCGAACUGCUUCAUGGGGUGGGAGCUUAAAUGACUCAAUGAGCCCUCCAAAUAGGACACAACCUCCGGGAGAGCCACUGGGCAUGCGUCCUCCAUCUUUCAGGCAAAGUGACACUUCGCUAGCAGAUUCCUCAGUGAGUGGUGGCAGUUACGGAGAAGAACUACAAGAAGUCGAACUCUGAUAUCCGCAAGAUGUACAUAACAAAUUUAUCCAUACAGCCAGAGCCUGUUCAAUUCAUAGAUUGUCUGCAGCAAGUGAUGGAGAUCGACAAAUUUUCUAUCCUUUUAUUUUCCUUCUCCAUUUCGAUAUAGCCCCUUUUUUUAUUUUUGUGGCACGCAAUUCUCCAAUUAUAUGUUUCGUGUUUUUACUAUUGUAUUUUAAAUGUUAUUUAGUAUACUUUAUAGAGGUUUGCUCAUCAUUCAAAA